AGGCGUUUCUUGCGCACUACCAAUGACCCGUGGGGACUGCCUUACUUAGCUAUUUGUUAUUGAGUGUAGGUUGCUCAUUUGUUCUCAAUCUUAGUUUUGACACAUAACCAAUACGAAAAAUGAAUUCGGAAUCUGGAAGUGAAGACCCAUUUGACAGCAUUUUCAUGGCGGACAACAGGUUUCAUUGUGAGGCAUACAGGGAGGGGCUAGCGGAGGGGACGCGGCAGGGCCUCCUGGAGGGAAUGAGCCACGGCAAGAUGCACGGUGCCAGACUCUCUGCUGAGAUGUCCUUCUACUAUGGAUUUGCUUUCGCUUGGAAGUGCCUUCUUCAAAACAACACGGAUGCCAAAUCCAGGAAACGGCUGAGGGCGCUGGAGGCCCUGGCGGAGCACGUCCAGGCCUUCCCCCACGACGACCCGCGGCACGCCUCGCUGCAGCCGGACGUGGAGAAGGCGCGCGCCAAGUUCCGGCAGGUUUGUUCCAUGAUGAACGUGCCUGCAGACUUCAGGGAGUACGUGACCGUGGCGACGGGGAUGUCUUUCUGAGCGGCGGCACAGACGCCUCGGAGAUCUCGCCCCGUGGAGAGGCUGUACGGGCGCAGGAGCGCGGGGACGCAGGAGCGCACGCUGUGCCUUUCUCCGCGCCCGCCGAAGCUUUCGCGCUCCGAUGCGUAUGCCUGCCAGUGUCUGAGCUCUGUUACCCAAAGACCGGAAAUGUUAGAGGCUAGUCGGUACACCCCCAGACAGGCAGGUGGCGCUAUAACAUUGGCACUGACAUAGUUUUAAAGGUGACGACUGGUGGUGGCUGAAGCCUCAGUAGGCAAUUUUGUGUUGCAGUUGAACUUGCAAUUCAGAUCCUAACCAAAAGGCAUAAGCCAUAUUUUUUGUAAACAGUGUGGAACUAUAUUCAUGUUCAAUAGUACAUAAUUUCCUUUUGAGUGUGUGCAUGUAAAUACUCUCUCUCUCUCUCUCUCUCUCACACGCACACACACACACACACCCUGUCAUUGGUAAGAAAAGCAGAAGACAUUUACUGCAAAAUGAAAUGUUCACAAAAAUGUUAAACGGCAAAGUGAAUGAGUUGAACCCCGUCUCAUUACCUGUCUUUUGCAUGGUUUUCUGUUCUUAAAUCCCUAUAGUAUGUUUACUUCCAUGUGAUUCACAAUGAUUAAUGAAUCUCAUGUAGGGUCAUAGACCACCUUUGAAACUGAGGGAAUGUCUGUGAAAAGAACUGCACGUACACAUUUGUCUGGAAGUUUACUGUUCAUACAAAUGGAUUUUUAUGCAUUUUGAAAAGCUGGGAAAUGUAGUCCAGUGUUGCCACCAUCUGCCUAAGAGAAAAUGUCUGCCAUAUUCAGUGCAAGGCUUUAGCACCCCCUGCUGGAAGACUGCAGUGAAUAUUAGUGUUUCCCAAUUCUACUUUAAAAUUCUACAGGAAUUUUAUAUUACUCCACCAAACCUAUUGAUGAUGAGUUUUUUUGAGGGAAAAUGCAUGGCAAUACAUUUUUAAAAAUAUAUAAAUCUUGAGAGUUGCAUUGCAUGUACCGUGCAAUAUCUGUAUUUGGGUCCAAGUCAAUUCAACACAAUGUUGGACCGCAUCGUCACAGAUAAAAAAAAAUAAAAUAAAUAAAAACCCUUGUCUUAUAAGAAACCCCUGGAACCGAAAUUACACUUGUCUCAGACCAUUAUUAGGGGAGAUAUAGGCUGUUGAAGGCAUAUUAGUGUGACUCAAUGACUUUGACUUGCCAUGUCUACAUUUCUCUCGGUAACAGAGAAAUGUUUCUUGUAUCAUUUUACAGGUCUUUUUAAUUUCUUUUACACAUGUACCUGUUCACCCAAAAAUAAAGGUUGAAUGAUUUUAAACUUGACAAA